AUGGCAACUUCGCCGCUCAAUUUAGCUGUCGCAUUGCUCGGGAGCUAUCGAAACCGCCUUAACAAUGGGUAUCAGACAACGUUAAACCAUUUCGACGCAAGCCAAAUCUACGAGCAGCUUUGCCAUGGCCGCGGGAUCUUUACUAUCCACAGACUGCGUCUUCUACCUCCAUGUCUAAUCAGUGGCUAUCGUCAUCAUCUGAGAAAGCGGACACAGAAGCUUAACAACGCAUUGAAUGAAUUGGAGAACGAUAUUUCUAAAAUGGAGGGUUACUGUCCGAGAAAGUGGAUGAAGAGGUUUUACAAGCUAUUGAAGCAAUUGUGUAAGCGAAAUUCUAGGCCAGACCCGGUAAAGAUGGCUGAGAAAAUUAUCGAAAUAAUCGAACACCUAUUGUGUGCCAUGGAAUUACUGCGCUGUUAUAUGGAAAGUCGUGAUAAGAGGAAACGAAAAUGGCGGAGUCCGGUAAAAGCAAAGAAUCGUAUGCUGGAUGGUAUUGGGAAUAAGAUCGUGGAGAUUGUUCAGAGAUAUGUUCCGCAUGUGGUAACCUAG